CAUCAUAUUCUAUCGUAUUUUUCCAUUGUUCUUGUCUUCUCAACGAAAGGCGAAUCUUAUUGCGUGGCAAUUGAGAAAUACAAGGAAAAUGUCUAACUUUAGGAGUAGCAUAUUUUUAAUAUUUUGUGGGAUAUGUUGUGCAGCAGCGCUUUCCACAAAAACACCAAUUUUAGCACCAACAUUCAGCAAAACAUACACGGUAAAAGGAACUUUGUAUAUACCAUAUGCAGAAAUUCGAGAGCCUUUUUAUGCAUGGUAUGAUGGCAGCAGUGGAUCUAGUCGAAUUGAUUACUAUGGAGGAAUGGUCAAGACUUUUCAAUUGUCACAUAAAGGGGAAUUUGGUGCCAGCAUAAAAAUAGCCCCUGUUACCACUGAAACUGUUAAUAAUAAAGAAACAUGUCUUCAAGUAAAUGGCACUAUCAAUCUCAAGAUACAGCCUCAAUCUAUUGUUCCAGAUGCUUCUGAAAUGGAGUGCAUUGGUGAAGAGAUGAUCAAUGGAUUGUCGUGCGAGAAAUGGCGGCUUGUACAAGAAAUUGGAGGAAAAACGAACAAAUAUACACUCUGGAUUCGUUAUAAAAAAUCACCAUCUUUACCGCAAGUUAAAGAACCUAUUCCUGUUAGAUAUGAAAUGAGAGGAUUUAAUAGUCUCUUAGGCUCGCAUUAUGAUCAUUAUUAUUUGGAGUAUGAUUGGUAUUCUUUUGAUAAACCUUCUGACGACGUUUUUCAAAUCACAGAAAAUGCAACAUGCAUUAGCUUCCCAGGACCAGGUGAAAAACACAUAUAUACUUUUAAUCCAAUGCGUGAAUUUGUUCAUAACUAUGAGGAUCAUUUGCAUGAAGCUUUUGAUACAUUCAAAAAAACUCAUAAGAAAUAUUACAAGAAUGACUUGGAUCAUAUAUAUCGCAAAGAACUAUUUAGACAAAAUAUAAGAUAUAUUCAUUCUAUAAAUCGCGCCAAUUUAGGCUAUCAGUUAGAAGUAAAUUAUUUGGCAGAUCGCAAUGAUCUUGAAUUAAAAGCUUUACGAGGCAAGCAAUACACUCCGGGUUACAAUGGUGGUGCAUCAUUCCCACAUGAUAUUGAAAAAGAAAUUGCAGAUGUUCCCGACAGUAUAGAUUGGCGAUUGUAUGGUGCUGUGACACCAGUCAAAGAUCAAUCAGUUUGUGGUUCUUGUUGGAGUUUUGGUACCACUGGAACAAUAGAAGGUGCAUACUAUCUGAAGUAUAAUAAGUUAGUACGUCUGUCCCAACAGGCUCUUAUUGAUUGUUCGUGGGGCUAUGGUAAUAACGGAUGCGACGGUGGAGAAGAUUUCCGUUCAUAUCAAUGGAUCAUGAAACAUGGUGGUUUACCUACCGAAGACGAUUAUGGUAGUUACUUGGGACAGGAUGGAUUCUGUCAUGUAAAUAAUGUAACAUUGACUGCUAAGAUCAAGGGAUUCGUCAAUGUUACUCCACGUAACGUAGAUGCUUUGAAGAUCGCCAUUGCUAAGCAUGGUCCUAUUUCCGUUGCUAUCGAUGCCUCUCACAAGACAUUCUCUUUUUAUUCUCACGGAGUGUAUUACGAUCCAACUUGUGGCAAUACAGAAGAUACAUUAGAUCACGCUGUUUUGGCCGUUGGAUACGGCACUAUGAAUGGAAAGGGUUAUUGGCUGAUAAAGAACUCCUGGUCGAAUUACUGGGGCAAUGAUGGAUAUAUUCUAAUGGCUCAACAAGACGACAAUUGCGGAGUUCUUCUUGCUCCUACAUAUGUUACUAUGUAAAAAUAUCUAUCUCUUUAUAAAAAAACGUCUUUAUUUUUAUUUUUAAGAAUUGAAACAUUAUAUAGAAUGCUCUCUAGGGUCUUUAAUGAGUAAAAAAUACAAGUAUAAGUAAGAGAAAAAUUAGGAGAGGCUACAUAAAAUAUAUUUAGUUGGUUAGCUACAUGUUUCAUAACGAACAUAAGCUAUAAUAAAUUGUUGAAAAUUUCACUUAUUAUAU